CUGAUUUUUAUUGAAACAAACACACUGCUGAUAUGAAACGCAUGGAUUAUGGAUCUGAUAUGGAUAUGGUGCCAAAUCCUACUUUAUCUAAGUGUGUGCGCCAAUUCGUCGUUGCAUGACGUCGACGACGCUUCAUGUGAUGGAGCGUUUGAUAUUUAUUUUGUUUUGGACAGGUCAGGCAGUGUUUUCGGACAUUGGGAUGAUAUCUAUGGAUUUGUGGAGCAGCUCACCAACAGGUUUGUCAGUCCCAGGAUGAGGGUUUCCUACAUAGUCUUUUCAGCUAGAGCAGUUGUCAUACUGCCACUAACUGGAGACAGGUCGAAGAUAGACGAGGGUUUGGAGAAGCUGAGCCAAAUCAAACCUGCAGGUGAAACGUACAUGCAUGAAGGCAUGAAAGCGGUGUCGGAGCAGAUGAAGACACAAACUUCACCGUCAUCCAGCAUCAUCAUCGCUCUGACUGAUGGCAAGCUGGAGGUCUUCCCCUAUGAACUGACCGUACAGGAGGCUGACAAAGCCAGAGGAUAUGGAGCCAGAGUGUACUGUGUAGGGGUCAUGGACUUUGACCACAAACAGCUUGCUGACAUAGCAGACGGCAAAGAACAAGUCUACCCAGUGCUGUCCGGGUUUCAUGCCCUCAAAGACAUCGUCAACUCGAUCCUGAAGCAGACGUGUGCAGACGUCUUCACAAUAGAGCCGUCGAGUGUUUGUGUGAACGAGUCUUUCAGUGUGGUGCUGAGGGGCAGUGGCUUCAGCGGAUCCAGGAGGACAGACAACAUGCUCUGCUCCAUCACAGUCAACCACGAGACUUACAACCAGAAACCAAAAGUCGUUAGAGACGGCUAUCUGCUGUGUCCAGCUCCUGUUCUGCAUGAGGUCGGACAAUCAAUCGAAGUGCUGGUCAGCCUCAACAAUGGAAAAUCCUACAUCUCCAGUCCCAUUACUAUCUAUGCUACAUCGUGUUCAGAUGGGACCUGGGUGCUCUGGUUGCUGUUGGCUCUGUUGCUGUUGCUGGCUCUGGCUUUGUUCUGGUGGUUCUGGCCUCUCUGCUGCACUGUGGUGAUAAGAGACCCACCCCCGUCUCGACCUCCACCGCCCCCUCCUGUUAUUGAGCCAGAAGAAGAUCUUUCACCCACACACAGGUGGCCUACAGUGGAUGCUUCAUACUACGGAGGCAGAGGUCCUGGAGGAAUCAAACGCAUGGAGGUACGUUGGGGGCAGAUGGGGUCCACAGAGGAGGGAUCAAGACUAGAGAAAGCCAAAAAUGCAGUGGUCACAAUGCCGGAGGGAGUGGAGGAGCCCAUCAUGCUUCGACCCCCACCACGACCUCCUCCAGUCUACAACCCCGCAUCACAGUCCAAAUGGUACACUCCCAUCAAGGGGCGUUUUGAUGCAUUGCGGGCAUUACUUAGAAGACAGUAUGACAGAGUGGCAAUCAUGAGGCCGACACCUCAGGACAAGGGCCGCUGUAUUAACUUCACCAGAGUUCAGAGUCACUGAUGUUUAACCAUGAGGAUCAACACUUUUCACUUUUUUUCAGAUUUUGGCUAAAGAUAACUGACAUGUACUCUCAAGAGAUGAUUGUUCGGAUUCAACAUGCUUUGUAAAUAAAUGUCUUUACUUAUA